CAACAUCGAGAAGAUCUUUAUAAGUUGAUAUCUAUAUAAAUACACUAUCAAUGUCUUCACAUGUACAUAAGAAUCAAAUUGUGAAUUACAUUACUUCAUAUUAAAUAUAGGAAUAACAAUGAAGCAUUUCAAGAACAGCAUUUGCUAAAACAAGUUGUUUAUAUAACAAGGUGAGCAUGUCCUUUUAAGGCAAUUCGACCAAACAUCAUUUAUCAUCAGCCAGAUUAGACGUUGUUUUAUUCGUAUUUUGAGAAGUAAGCAUUCGAGUUUUACAAUGAAUAUUGAAACAAUAUCCGGUUCUAAAAUCAUUCAAUUACAUUGCUUUAACGUGACUAAGUGAUGAAACAUUUUAAGUUGAGUACACUUAUAGUGUGAGUAAUUCAACACGAUGCUCUAACUCUUGGGGGUCACAAUUGCUUUUUGUAGGAAACAUUUUAAACGCAGUCCUCGUAAACAAGCAUGGCGUAUUAUCUGCAUCCACACAAGGACUGCUUAAAUUCGUGAAAGUUUCAACUUCCUUCCUUGCUAACGGCUCCGAAAUUUACAGAUAUUGUCUAGCAUCAUGAACCAGAGUAAAAAGGAAAGCAGAGUACAUUCUUCCUUCCUCGUAAAAAUCCAUGACACGAAGUAAUUAGCAGAGACUGUCUCCAAACAAGAUGGACGUAAGUAAACCACUAUUCGUCGCCUUCCUGUUCACCUAUUUUGUCGGACAUUGUUGCGGCCAAAUUUCUGGAAAGGAAGUACUAAUUCCCGGAGACUUCCUCUUGGGAGCACUUUUUCCAAUACACUAUUCGGAGAGCCGAUUCUGCACGUCUCGUAUUAACGAACAAGACGGCAUUCAGAUCCUGGAAGCCGCUGUUUUUGCUCUGAGAGAAGUAAACAGUUACCUGGAGCCCAGUGGAUUGUCACUUGGAUUAUUGGCCAGAGAUUCCUGCUAUGAAACGAGCAUAGCACUGCAGCACGCGCUGGAGUUUGCACAAAGGCGAUAUAACUCACAACCAAUCAGGUUCGAGAACUGCACUUGUACGUCAUCACAAGACAACAACGUCAUAGGUGUGAUUGGCCCUGCUAGAAGUAAGGAGACAGUUGAUGUAGCGAAGCUACUCAACUUGUUUAAAGUUCCACAGAUAAGUUAUUUUGCCACAACACCGGAGCUGAGCGACAACAUUACAUACAAAUACUUCAAACGAACUGUGCCUUCUGAUACUUUCCAGACCAAAGCUCUCGUCAGCAUACUGAGCUCUCUAGAUUGGAAGUACGUCAAUAUUAUCUAUGAGGACAGUAAUUAUGGAAAUGAAGGGUACACUGAGAUACGGACAAAUGCUGAGGAUGCCGGGAUAUGUUUUGGUUUGGAUCAGAAAGUGAAGGAAACAGACAACGAGGACGAAUUGAGAAAAGUCGUGGACGAUCUGAUGAAAAGGACAAACACAAACGGAAAAGUGGUAGCCAUUCUCUUCAUGCAAUAUGCACUAGCCUACAGAAUAAUGGAAUUGGUAGAUGAUAAUUACAACGGCAACGACAUCAUUUGGGUCGGAGGUGACGCUUGGAUCGGUAGAGAGCCACCUAGUGAACACGAUAACGUGAUUAAAGGGGCAAUAGGUAUCAGUCCAGAAACUGCGGUCUACCCAGGAUUUGCCCAGUACUUCAAAAAGCUUAAUCUGAGUUAUAACCACAACCCCUGGUUUGGUGAAUAUUUGAUACAGCGGUACAAUUGUUCCACGACUGGCAAAAAACCUAACUGUGCUGACCUCAAAAUCAAUGAUUUCGAGGAAUUACUCACAGCUUACAACGUACGUAACGCUGUUUACGCUUUUGGAAGCGCUGUACAGGAGAUCCACUCUUCACUUUGUGGAGGAGCUAGGGGUGUGUGUGAUGACAUGAAAUCCAGUCUUACAGGAGAAUUGAUCCUCGAAUAUCUUGGAAAAGUUGAAAAUCCGUUCAACACAACGUUUCACUUUGUGGAUGGGGUGGAUGGUCCCGUUAGAUACAGCGUUUUACAAUACCAGAGGGAAAACGGUUACCGCUGGAAGGAGAUCGGAAAAUAUUAUGGAAAGAAUUUAAAGUGGAAUGAAUUGAAGAAACCGGACGAGGAAAUAUCUUUGUGUUCAUUACCUUGUAAAAAAGGCGAGAUCCGAAGCAGAAGUGAGGUGUGUUGUUGGUCGUGUAAAGCUUGUGCCUACACCGCCAUAGUUAAUGUCAGUGAUCCCUAUAACUGUGUGCCCUGUGAAUAUGGAUGGAUACCCAAUCACGCACAGAACAUCUGCGUUGCUAUUCUUAUCAAGCAUCUUACGUAUAACAAUCCCUAUGUUCUGGUGAUAGUUGCGUUUUCGUCUCUUGGAAUUGUUAUAUGUUUAAUAGUGUCUACUAUAUUUGUUUACAAACGUUCUACCCCCAUAGUGAAGGCUACUGGAUUCGAGACGAGCUUAGUGCUGUUAAUUGGAAUUCUUUUCUCUUACAUAUCUCCAUUCAUUCUUGUUAGUGAACCCUCUUUGGCAUCAUGUGCUUUCUUCAGAAUAUUUCUUAGUCUCAGUUACACGAUGGCGUAUUCCUCCAUUUUUUCCAAGCUGAUAGUCUACAACCGAGCAUUUGAUGUACAAUCUUCAAUAAAGACCAAAGCCAUCCAGGGGCAGACACUAAUGCAUAGAAAUAUGUGUACAAUGAAGACUGCCCUCGUGAUGUCCCUUACUUUAUCCGCUAUACAUCUUUUAGCGAUUGUGUUUUGGAUUGCCAGUGACAAUCCACCACCAGUUGUAUCAUACUCUAUAAAUCCUGAAUCUGCCGUCGGAAAUCGUUCGUGUGCCGACUUGAGAAACUUUAGCUAUUUCGUAAGUCUUGCAUGGUCAUUCUUGUUGAUGGUUGUGUGUUUAGUGUUUGCCAUUAAAACAAGAAAACUUCCAGACGGUAUGAACGACUCCCAUGAAAUAAUGUACUGUUGCUUCACGUCAUUUGUCUUGUGGAUUGCGUUUAUUCCUCUAUAUGCCUUCUCCGAAAACAAAGUCGUCAAAGUUAUGUCUCUUGCUGUGUCUUUGAUCAUCCAUGGAACUGUGUGCCUGAUUUGUCUCUUCAUAACUAAAAUUUACAUUGUAAUCUUCCGCCCGGAGAAAAACAACAAGGAAAGAGUAAUGAGGAAUACCCCAAGUAGAAGUCGAGGUUCAUACAGCGGAAGUAUCCACGGCAGUCAUGCUGGGGAGAAGAGACGGUCGUGUGCGUUGACUUUGGAAGACAGAAACUCAGCUAAUUGUUCUAGAAAACCUUCAUCUGCAUGUGUGACCAACGAUAACGAAGAUGAAGGGGAAGAUUACUCCGCGACAACCGGAACUUUACCCUUCCGGAACUCCUCUGUUGUCAUCAACAAAUCUGAGAAAUACUCUGAAAAUGUACAAACUGUUCAAGAUUCAUUGAAGAGAAACAGCGGAGAAAAACUAUUAGGGGAUAUAAAAGACUCUGAAGAAAUAGAAACCACUGAAACAUUAAAUAAAAGCAAAGUUAACGGAGAUAUUUCAAAAUGUAAUUCACAAUUCGACGUGGAAGAAAGUUCCCCUAAGCAUACAAGUAAAGAACUAUUUCACAAAAGUAUAGGCUUUAAUCCCUCCAGUUUUAUCAGAAACAUAACCUCGAGAAAAUUACAUAAAGCUCAUGUCAGCAGUGAACAUAUGAUAGAAGGAGAAAACCAAGAUAACAGAUUGGAAAAGUCUGCGAGAAGGUUAUCACAAUCCUUACCUGAUGUUCAAAAUCAGAAUUCAUGAUCUCACGAUAGAUUUUGCACCACGUUUUUUUUAUUUUGUAAUACUCAAACAUUUAAACAUAUUUAUUUCAAUCAAUGAUUGUAUUCAUUUGAUUUUGUUUUACAUGUAUUAAAAUCAACACACAAUU